GUCCUCUCGUCUGUUGCAGGACGUCUACUUAUCUACACGAGCAAGCGGUUGUCCGCAGCAGCUGCUCAGCGACCCGCGCUGCCGUCCUGAUAAUGAUAGCACGUAAGCAAAGACAUAUAUCAUACUGAGCAGGUGUAUGCAAAGCAUAUAACAGACGCUGAAGCAACUGUUGGUCAGAAUGGCGGGAUAAUUUACUGGUAGACCUUAGCUGUAAAGGCGCCAAAGAUGCAGGCAUUAUCACCGUCACUGAUGGCUUCCACCAGCGACGUGCUGAUGGCGGCCGCGUCUACCUGGAUGGGCUACCUGACGCGAGUUGCGGCAGCGGCCCAGCAGGCGCCUGCGAUCUUUGAGCCUGCUGUCGCCGCCGACGGCGAUGCGCCUGCUGCUGCUAGCGGGCCGCGGCAAGGCGCGGGUGUGUGCGGCACCGUGCCGCUGCCCACCCAACCCGAGGUGGCCGCGCUGGUGUCGUGCGGGCUGGGCCCCGCGCUCGUGGCCACCGUGCGACAGCAGCUUCAGGUUAUCCUGGAGGGCCGGGCUGUUCCGGCCUUCUGGGCUGCCAUGGGCCGCUGCCGGGCCGCAGCCGCCGCGGGCGACGACGCCGCUCUGGAGCAGCACCUGCUAGCGGGACUGCAGGGCCUGUGCGCGGUGGUGGACGACCACUGCGACUGCCUGCAGCGGCUGGCGGCGGCGGUCACUGCGGCGCUGCUGCCGGCGGACGCGGCGGCGGACGCGGCGGCGGAGGCGGCGGCGGAGGAGGAGGGGGCGGCGGCGGCGGCGGAGGGGGCGGCGGCGGCGGCGCAGCAGGCGGGAGACGCCACACACAGCAGCACCGCAACGCCCGCCCCCGCGCCCGCGGCCGCGCCCGCGCCGGCGCUGCAGCUGCAGCUGCAGCUGCCUCCCGAGCAGCGGGCUGCGGCGCUGGCGCUGGUGCCUGUGGUGGUGCGUCUGGGCGAGGCCUACCGCGCCGGUCUGUCGGCAGUGCUCAUGGCCACUGCGGACGUCAGCGUGGCGGAGCUGCUGCUGCUGUACUUCAGCUCCAAGCUGACUCAGCUCGCGGACACCCUGGCUCCCCUGGAGCAGCUGCUGGAGGCGGCGGAGGCAGACGCGGCGGCGGCGGGUGGCGGCGGGCUGGGCGGCGGGCUGGGCGGCGGCAGCAGCAGCGGUGUGCUGCUGGCAGCGAUGGACAGCCAGGGCGGCGCGGCGGCGGCGGCGGCGCUUGGGGUGCUGGGGCUGGGAGGAGCAGGUGGAGGAGGAGGCGGCGGAGGAGGUGGUGGCGGCGCGCGUGUCAGUGAUGGGGGCGGAGGGGGCGGCGUGGGCUCGGCGGCUGUCGAGGGCGUCGCCAUGCUGAUGGGCGUGGCGGUGGGAGGCGGCGACGAGAACACGCCUCCUCCCAGCGCCUAUCUCCUGCAUCAGCAGCAGCAGCAGCAGCAGCAAACCGCCGCCGCCGCCGGCCACCACCACGGCGGCUACAGCCAGCUGCUGCUACAGCCUUCGGCGGUGGCUGCAGCCAUGGGGCGGGACUGGGUGGCGGCGCUGGCAGGCGUGUGUGGCUGCCUGUCGCGCCUCAGCCUGGGCCCUGCGGGCGAGGAGGCGGUGGUGGCGGCGGUGUCGCGGCACGUGGAGGCGCUGCUGCGGCGGCUGGCGCUGGGCGUGUUUGACCGGGAGGUGCUUCCCGCCGCCAGCCGCGCCGCCGGCCGCAUCCCACUGGAGUUCCUGCGCUUGGUCAUCGCCGGAGACCCCGGUAGUCAUGGUGGUAGUGGCGGCGGCGGUUACGGUUACGGCAAAGACGGCGGCGGCGGCGGCGAUGGGACGCCCAGACAUGUACAGCACACGCACCAUCAGCAGCAUCAGCAUCAGCACGUGAACACAACAGCCACUGGCGUGACGUCCAGCACCGCCGCCGCCGCCACCACCACUGGUUACAACGGCGGCGGCGGUUAUAACGCCGGUUAUAACGGCGGCGAUUACUGCGGCCUUGCGGAGCCCGGCACGGAGGCCCGCACGCUGUCGGAGUGGCGUCUGCGGUUGUCGUACCUGGUGUUUGAGACGUUGGGGCGGCUGCGUGUGUCCCAGAUGUUUGACAUCGUGGUGGACUACCCGGACUCGCUGCCCGCUGUACGAGACCUGGCAGCCUGCCUGCGGCACACCAACCUGCAGUCGCUGUUCGUGUGCGCCUUCAAGCGCGCGCUGCAGCAGCGGCUGCUGCACGCCGGCGCCUCCGCCACCGGCAUCAUCCACCAAUACGUGGCCACCAUCAAGACCAUGCGGGAGAUCGACCCCUCGGGCGCGCUGCUACAGGCGGUGGCUCAGCCCAUCCGCGAGUACCUGCGUGGCCGGGCCGACACCAUCAAGUGUCUGGUGGGCAUGGUCACACAGGACGGCGGCGGCCCUCAGGGCGAGUCGCUGCUGGAGGAGCUGCAGGCGGCGGCGGCGGCGGGCGGCGGCUCGGCGGCGCCCAUGGACGUAGACACGGCGGCGGAGGACGCCGACGAGCGCGUGUUGCGUGUCGCCACCGCCACCGCCGCAGCCGGGUUCCCGGGGGUGGCCGCGGGCAACCCCGGCGCGGCGCCGGGGGCGGGCGCGGGCGCGGGCGGCGGCGGCGGCGCUGGGGCGGGCGCGGGGGCGGGCGGCGGCCUCGGCGGCAGCUCGGCAGCGGAUGUGGUCGGCAUGUUAACGGGCGUGUUUGGAAGCCCCGAGGUGUUCAUCAACGAGUACCGCAACCUGCUGUGCGGGCAGCUCAUGUACCGCAGCGACUACGACACGGCCCGGGAGGUGCGCACGCUGGAGCUGCUGAAGAUGCGGUUCGGUGAGAACGCCAUGCACGCCUGCGAGGUGAUGCUCAAGGACGUGGGCGACAGCAAACGCAUCAACGCACGCGUGCACGCCAUGUCCAAAUCAGAGGCCCAACCGCCCACACCCCUCUCGCCAACCAGCGCCGCCGCCGCUGCCGUACGGUCCAUGGCUGCAGCUGGCGGCGGUGGCGGCGGCGGCGGCGGCGUGGCGGCGGCGGGCGCACCGGCGGCGGCGGCGGCGGCGCCGCCAGCCGCCAUGCACACGCCCGGCACCGCCGCCGGCGUGAAUCGCGCGAGUGGCGCCGGCGCCCACCAGGGAUCAAACAACAACAACAACAACAACAACAACAACAACAACAACAACAACAACAACAACAACAACAACAACAACAACAAUAGCAACAAUAACAAUAAUGGCAACAGCAAUAACAGCCAUGCGAUGCCGCAGCUGCCGCCACGCGGCACACCGCCCACCGGCCGUGCCGCGCGCUCCUCCCAGCCCCGCACCUCGGCUGCCGCCGGCACCACGCCGCCGCAGGUGCAGACGCGCUCCGCCGCCGCCGCGGCCGCCGCCGCCGCCCACAACCAGCAGCAGCAAGUCGUGGCGGCGGCAGCGGCGGCCGCUGCUGCCGCCGCCGCGGCGGGCACGGGGCUCCCCGUGGCGCGCAUUGCUGCGCCUGCGCCGGUGCCGGCCCACCAAGUCGGGGCGACGCAGCAGCAGCAGCAGCAGCAGCAGCAGCAGCAGCAGAGCGUGGGGAGUGCAACGCACUCGCAGGCGGCGGCGCAGCCGCCGGGCAGCGCCCGGCCGGGCGGCCCCAACUCCCCGGGUCCGGAGUUUGACCUGCUAUCGGUGAUGGUGCUGUCGUACCUGUUUUGGCCGCGGCAGGAGGACAGGGACAAGGGCCAGCCCGACGACCCCGCAGUCGCCCUCAAGCUGCCGGAAGAGGUGUGUGCCGCCAUGGCCGAGUACGGGCGGCGCUACCACCACCUCAAGACGCCGCGGCGGCUGCGCUGGCGGCCGCACCUGGGGGCGGUGGACCUGGACGUGUCGGCGGGCGGGGUGACUGCCAGCUUUCGUGUGUCGCCGCUCAUGGCCACACUGCUGCUGGCGUUCAGGGACAGGGAGGGCUGGAUGGCCGGCGAGCUGGCGGCGGAGGUGGGUCUGCCGGCGCCCCUGGUGCGGCGCAAGAUGUUGUUCUGGGUCAACCACGGCGUCAUCCUGGAGGGACGACUGGGCGGCGGCAGUGGCGGCAGUGGCGGCGGCGCCAGCCGGGGCGCGUCGGGCGGCGGCGGCGGCGGCGCGGCGUCAAGUGGUGGCGGCGGCGGCGCAACAGCGGCGGCGGCGGCGGCCGGCGACUUGUUGUACCGGCGGGCGGAGGCGCUGCCGGCAGAGCUGCAGGGCGCCGUCCUCAGCGACUGCGGCGCGGAGGACGAGGCGCCCGCGCAGCUGCCCAGCGCCGCGGACCGAGCGGUGGAGGAGGUGGGGCCCUUCGAGAACUACAUCAAGGGCAUGCUGCAGAACUACGGCGGCUUGCCUCUGGAGCGGCUCAACCACAUGCUGCGCCUGUUCGUGGUCAGCACGCCCCGGUACGACAAGACGCCCGAGCAGCUGCAGGCGUUCCUGCAAGUGCUCAUUGCGCGGGAGGUGGUGGUGCUGGAGAGCAACGGCGUGUACAAGUUGGCGGGCGCGGCGGCGCAGCGGGGCGGGCGGUAGCGCUAAUAGCAGUUGUGGUGGCGAAGGCUAAAGGCGGGGGCAAUGUUGGGCAAGGCCGGCGCACGGCUAGGACGAGCGCGGGACAGGCGGGGUGUUUGUUGCUCACGGUUGUUCUUGCUGGGUCGCGACUGCAAAGCGCUCUUUGCUGUGGGCGGGUCUGGGCAAGGUUGUCGAAGUGGGUGGAGAUAUGUGGCAGCAUUGAGGCAGAAGGGCGCUUGGGCAAGAGUGGUGCAUGGCGUGAUGUGGCUUAGGUUGCUUCGGGGUCGGAGGAGACAAGGGCGUGGGGAAGCGGAUUGCAUUGGCAUUCUGACCCCUUUAACUCACAUGCGAUA